GCUCCUGCAUCCCACCAGCAUCCCGCAUCCCCCCAGGAGCUGGGGGCCCCCGUGGCCGUGCCAUGGUGGUGGCAGUGCCCGUGCAGCCCUUCAGAGCCCCCCCUCACCCCCCCCGGGUGGUAUUUGCUCCAGCAGCCCCGAGCUGGUAUUUGCCCCGACGCCUCCCUGCAAACCUGCUGCGGCCGGUCCCAGCCCCGCCUGCCUGCCCUUCCUCACUGGGAGGAGGAGGAGGAGGAGGAGGCGGCGGCUGAGGGCCAGGUCUGGAAGGAGCAAGGAGCGUGCGUGGGAGCCGGGCGAGCGUGGGGCUGCGGCGCAGCGGGACGGGACGGGACGGGAGGGCUCAGCUCUCCCCGCCACCAGCGCGCCGCGCUCCUCCUUCAUGUCGGGGAAGCUGAAGAAGAGCAGGAAGGCGGCGCUGGGGGAGAAGCAGUGGCAGAGCCUGGAGGAGAGGGGCAGCGCGGGCACCCAGCCGGGGACGCACCCCGCACUCACCAGGUCCAAAACCUACGACCCCUCCUGUAAGGAGACGGAGGAGGUUGAAGGAGCUGGAGGCCAGCACGGGUCCCUGUCCUCCUCGCUGAACAAGCGCAGCUCCAGCUUCCGCAAAGCCUUCGAGGAGAUCGCCGGGCGGGAAGCGCUGCUGGCCUGCUUCUCCUGCGCCUGGCAGCGAGAGGUGCCCUACCAUGGCCGCCUCUACGUCUCCUCCGGCCACGUCUGCUUCCACGCCAGCCUGCUGCUCAAGGACAUCAAGGCAGUCGUCCCCGUCACGUCCAUCUGCGCCCUCAAGAAGACCAACACGGCGCUGCUGGUGCCCAACGCGCUCAGCAUCCGCACGGCCGAGGGGGACAAGUUCCUCUUCGUGUCGCUGCGCCAGCGCGAGGCCACGUUCCAGCUCCUGAAGUCGCUCUGCAAACACCUGCAGGACAACGGCUGGAGCCCCCUGGCCUCUUCUCUCAACGGCAGCACCGCGCAAAUCCUUAAGAAGCCCCCGACCUCGAGCCAGUCGGACCCGGAGGAGAGCGCUGCGGAGCCCGACAGCCUCCUGGAGCCGCCGGGUGAGCGGCCGCCCCCACCCCUCAACAGGCCCUCGCAGCCCCCCUCGGGCACCCAAACAGCCUCUCCUGGGACACCGGGGAGCGCAGGGGCCUCUCGGGAAGCCCAGGGCCACCACCCACACCCCGGGCACUCAACGAACAUCUCCUGGUUGGGUGCAGAGGAGGCGAGCCAAGCCAAGGAGGAGGCAGCGGCGACAGCAGAGGACGCGCCGGCCGUAGGCAGAGCAGGGGAUCCCAGCCCAGCGCCCCACGCCCCCACUGCUGCACCACUGAGCCCCUUCGGCACCAUCAUCCUCAUCUACCUGCUGCUGAUGGUGGCCCUGCUGCUGACCUCGGGCUACAUCGGGCUGCGCAUCCUGCAGCUGGAGCAGCAGCUGGCGGCCGCGGGGGCUUGGCCAGACCUCGACCUGUUGCACCAGUGAGGGGAGGGGGGGCAGCAGCCCCUUCACCCCUGGCACAAUGGGAACCCCCUCACCCUGCCUCCCCCAGGAGGGGCAAGAAGACGCGAGGCCAGCAGGGACCUGGUCGUCAGCGGCAGGGUUUGGGGGGCUCUGAGCUUUCCAGCCCCCCCCCCCAGGAGCCCCCGCAGGCCGUGGGCUCCAUCUCACUGCCCCCACCUCACCCCCUGAGGUCCCCGUGUGGGCACAGGGGCCCUGUCCUGGGGGACAGAGGGG